AUGUCGCAGUCACAACCACCGCCGACCGUGACGCCCGCCGAGCGCAUUCGCGAACUGUUGGCCAUCAACGCCGACGUGCCCGCUCUACUGUCCAGCGCUGGAGGUGCAAUCAAUGCCUUGACCAAUCGCCCUCCCACUGCUGUCUCGACCGAUGGCGAUGAUAUGGUAGACGUCCAAAGCGACAACUCUGCAGCCGCUCACAAAGAAGCCUUCACCAAACACACGACAGCCUACUUUACAUAUAUCCAAUCUAUCAUGGCUCGGCUCCGCCGUCAGGCAUAUGCUUUGGAGGAGGCGGGCAUUAUUGCUGCUGAGGCGCCUACAUUGAGUACUACAGGCGCAGCAACUGAAGCUUCAGGUCUGGCAAGAAGAGGACCGACCGGGCAAGCACAGAGACAACCUGCUGAAGAUGGCGAUCGCAUAACCAACGGGGGUCUUGGAAACCUGGAUGUCGGUCUUCUGAACUCAAGAGGCAACAGUGUUGGACUCGACAAGGAAGCUGAGCUCAUUGCAGAGGCCAAGCAGAUGGUCGCCGAAAUGCUGAAGGAGCACCAGAGAGAUGCUUGA